AAACAACACUUUCUUCCUCCAGCGCGUUCUACUGUCGAAUAAGCAUGACAAUUUUUUUAGUAAAAAAAAUCUAUUGUUUUCAUAAAUAUAUAGCUUUGAAUCGAUUAAUGAAUUGAUAUUUCACCUUUGAAAAACGAGGUUUAAUUUUUUCUUUUUUAUUAUAACACAGGGGUAAAUGAGCAUGUUUACCUGAUGGUAAGUCACUACCAUCGCCCAUGAGCACCCGCAACACCAGAGACAUUGCAGGUACCGCCCCCUCCCUCCUCCGGACUUUUAAAAAUGAAUAGAUAUGUUCUUUUCUUGCAAGUUGCAAUGUUGUAUCAGCUCGGAAGUAAUGUUGCUGAAGGUUUAUUCAAAACGUGGUUGUAGUGUGUUGAUAAGGACCAUAUUUACAAUUAUUUUAAUAUACCAAGUGCAUGUAUAUUACAUAUAAUUGUUGUAACUAAUAAAUUUGUGAAAUUGAAGAAAAAAAAAUUACAAAGCUAGUGGUAAAAAAUCUUGAAUUGAAAUUCGUAUUAAAUGUAUUUACAUACUCUAGAAAUAGAUUUUUUAAAUCUCGAUUUUUUUUGAUAAUCGAUUUAUCAGAAUUCGAUUAAAAAAAAUCAAAAACCCUUAUUUUUCAGGCAGAAUCGUCAGCGCUACUGUUGAAAUGAUAGACUAAAAAAAAUCGCUUUUAAAAUAGGGAUUUUCGAAAUUUCUAUCCUAAUAAUCUCAUUUUACCUACCACUAUACCGCUAACUAUUUCCAUUUCAUCUGUAAUCUUUUUUAAUUUUUUUUUUUAAUUUAGUAUUAUUAUUUAUUUAUAAAUUGAAAAUAAUUCACUAUUCUGAAACCACUUUGUAGAACAUAGAUUAAGGACAGUACCUGUGAUCCUGCAAAACAAACUAUAUAAAUCCGUUGCUAAGAGACUUACCUAACAAACAAAAGGGAUAUAACCAGAUUGAGUAGGCAUAUCAGUGCUCUAAUAUGUAAUAAUAGUUGAUCGAUCAAGCAUAAUAAUAUUCUAUAAACUAAGUUUAUUACUUAUAUCAAUCAAUGCAGUAUUAAUUGAUUAAAAUGUUGACAAUUCCAGAAAUAGCUUCUCAAGAAAUUGAGAAACAAAUCGCUGAAUUAAGUGAUGAUAACUCACACACUAUUUUUGUCGUAGGAAGUAAGUCUGUGGGUAAAUCAACCCUAUUGAAUACAUUCUUGGAUAAGACUGACGCACCGCGUGAAACACUAGUAUUGGAGUACUCAUUUGGCCGAAAAUCGAAUCAAAGACAAGCAAUCGAAAAGACGAUAUGUCACGUGUGGGAAUAUGGUGGCAAGUUGGACAGUAAUAUAUUGAACACAAUCGUCGCAACAAUAUUAAAACGCGGAAAGUAUUGUUUUUGCAUCAUGAUCGAUUUAAGCAAAAUAAAAACUAUAUGGAAUACUUUAGAGAUCUGUUUACAGGCAAUACCUAAAACUUAUUUAGAUUCUGAGAACUCAUCAGAGUUAAUAAUAUUAUGCGGAAAAUACGAUCUUUUCAAAAAUUACGACAGUGAUAUAAAGAAAUUCAUAUGCACAACACUUAGAAGUGUGGCAUUGAUUUACAAUGCCCAUUUACUAUUUUACUCAUCAAAGGAACCACAGUUAGUGAAACGAGCAAAAGAAUUGUUUCAUAAUAUUGGAUUUGGUAUCUUCACGUCAUUCAAAGAUAGAAACACAAAUUCUGCUAAACCAUUGGUCAUUUCCAAAAAAACGGAUUCCUGGGAAAGCAUUGGAUUGCCGACAUCUACUUUAGAACAGAUAAAGAUGCGUCAUUUAUCACGGAUAUCUCCCGAAGCCGAAGUUCCUGUUACAGACGUCAUAACAACCCCACGGCAUACGCAUCCUGAAUCUGUACUUGACACAAAAGUUGCUUUGAAAUAUGAAGAAUUACGCAGUUUGCCGGCGCUUGAUAUCUCUAUAGACGAUUAUUUGGUUGGAAUAAAAUAAUAGGCGUACAAAAAACAAAA